AUGGGGACUGUUCUAUCGUUCUCUCCAAGGCCGCGGAAGCCUCUAUACGAGGAUAUUAAUUUAAACAACUUUAGUUAUGAAAUACUCAACAAUGCCAAGAAUCAGAUCCAGCCGCCGACGACGAAAGAAAAGAACUUUAAACGACAUUCCAUAUUUCUCAGUGGACUUAGCUGGAAAAAAUUCACAGUCAACGCUGGAAAGAAAAAAGACAAGAAUUUUCUAAGGUUUUCAAAUGCUUCGGUUCGUGUGCUUCCCGGGAAAAUUGAUAAUAAUUUCAACAUAGAAAAUGUGAAUUUGAAUAGGAAUAUUCCUAAAUCAGUGUCAUGCUAUAAUCUUAAGACAGAGUCAGAAGAAAAUCAGUGUCCACGGCGAACCAUUAUUGUUAAGAACACAGAAAAAGGAACGAGCCCAAAACGUACAGUGAUACAAGCGUCUACGUCAGAGCUGCUGAAAUGUUUGGGGGAAUACCUCAGGAAACGGUGCAAGCGUUUGAGACAUUUUGAAGGAUGUGACGUCAUAAUGUGGCUAAGGACUGUUGACCGAUCACUUCUAUUACAAGGUUGGCAAGACGUCGCCUUCAUCAACCCCGCAAACGUGGUGUUCGUGUACAUGCUUAUAAGAGACAUCGUCUACUCGGACAUUGAUAGCGAACACGAUCUACAGUCCAUGGUGCUAACAUGCCUGUAUCUCUCCUAUUCAUACAUGGGUAACGAGAUUAGCUACCCUCUCAAGCCGUUCCUCGUGGAGGAGAACAGAGAGAGGUUCUGGGACCGUUGUUUACUGAUUAUCAAUCGACAGAGUUCAAGCAUGCUCAAGAUCAACAGCGAUCCAAGUUUUUUCACAGAGAUUUUCACUGAACUCAAAGCUUAUUCGCCCUGUAUAUGA